CUGGGCCUGCCCUCAUCAGAGGCACAGCGGCAGGCAGAGUGGAGAGCAGCAGCCACCCAAGCCAUCGCAUCCUUUGCCCUCCGUUUGCACUCCUUCCCACUCAUUUCCACUCCUUGUUACAUCUUCCUAAUCCAUCCCGCUAUCACUUCCCUCCCCUCUACCAGUUGGGCCUGCCCUCAUCAGAGGCAUAG